AUGGUCCGUCUUCGAGGCACACGGGCGGAAGACCACAAGACGCGAGGGACACAGUGCUCACUGAAAGGACGCGUCGCUAUUGCUGCGUCCGUCUGUCUAUGUGUCGUAGCAGCGGUCUUUCUGUUUGUGAUGCCAGUGCUGACGUACAAGACGCCGAAGACCAAGCGCGUUGUCAGCCCCCGUGAUCGGCUGAGUCUAUCGACCGAUGAGGGACAUGGGUUCCGACUGACAACGUACCCCCAAUUGCUUAAAGAUGGAGAAGAACUCGUCGUCUCGUGGAAUAGCCAUGCAGCUGUACCAUUGACUAGUCGAGACUACCUGACGCUAAGCUGUGGGCGAACGACGGGGGACGCAGAUUACUUUCUGAAAAUGCGUCCAAGUAAGGGCAACGAGACCGACCACUCAGUCCGGUUCUCAGCGCUCUAUAUGCUGCGCUGCAACUAUACGGCAACUUACUACAACUAUGACGAGACGAGAGACACAUUCCGGGCUCUGGCAAACGUGGAGAUAGGAAUGGCAGAGCCAUUUGAAACGCCCAAGCACGGCCACUUGAGUUUUACCGACGAUGAGACAGCAAUGGCGAUUUUGUUCAACUCUGGAACUGAUGAUAAGCCCAUGGUCAAGUAUGGAGAGGAUCCGAAGGAUCUUGCGUUUCACGCAGCGGGAACGUCAACGACCUACAGUGCUGAAGACAUGUGUCACGCUCCUGCAAACCAUACCGGACAGCGCGCAUUUCGUGACCCUGGCUACAUGCAUACGGUGAUCAUGACGGAUUUGAAACCGGAUACGUACUACUACUAUCAGUACGGCCACAAGAAGCACGGCCUGAGUCGUGUAAAGCGAUUCAGGUCGCGGCCCCGGAGAGACUCGAAGUAUGCAAAGUUCAUCGCGUACGCAGACAUGGGCGCGUAUUCUGCGCCUGGUUCAGCGUCAACUGCUAGUAGGGUUUACGAGGAUGUGGUGGGAAGAGGAUACGAUUCGUUUUUGCUGCACUUUGGUGACAUCAGCUAUGCUCGAUCGGCUGGUUACAUUUGGGAUCAUUUUUUCCACAUGAUCGAGCCCUACGCGACCAGAGUACCAUACAUGGUGAGCAUUGGAAACCACGAAUAUGACUACGUUACUGGCGGAGAACGGGACCUGAGCGGAGGCAUGCUGCCAUAUGGAGGCAGCUUCAACCCGUCGUGGGGAAACUUUGGCACCGAUUCGGCUGGAGAAUGCGGGGUACCAAUGCACCAUCGAUGGCAUGCCCCCAAGACAGGGAACUGGAUCUACUGGUACAGCUUUGAUUACGGAGGCAUUCACGUGAUCCAAAUGUCGACAGAGCACAACUGGACUCGAGGGUCUGAGCAAUACGAAUGGCUUCAGCACGACUUGGAGCAGGUGGACCGCAGUGUCACCCCGUGGGUUGUGCUCACAGCGCACCGCAUGAUGUACACGACGCAGAUGGACAUCGAGUCCGAUAUGAAUGUCUCCUAUGUGUUUCAAGAUGAAGUCGAAGGCCUGAUCCACGAGCACCAUGUGAACCUGAUGAUGGUUGGCCACGAGCAUUCCUACGAACGCAGUUGUCCUUUGUAUCGGAAGAAGUGUGUGGAUGACGGAAAGGGCACGAUACACGUCGUCAUAGGCAAUGCGGGAUUCCCCUUGGGAACGGAAGGUUUCUCCUCAAAAUAUGGGAAUUGGAGUCUUCGUCACGUAAACGCGUACGGGCAUCUUCGUAUCUCUUCCAGCCCGAGCGAAAUGCGUGCUCAGUUCGUGCUCAACGAGAACGGCAAUGUAUACGACGAGUUUGUUGUCGUGCCAUGGGGUGAAUCGCAGGAGGCCAACACUUGA